AUGACGGCUCAGGUCCACGCCGGGCCCAGUGCGCUGCACAGCUUCCCCUCUUCCUCCUUCUCCUCGGCCGCAACGUCGCCAGCGGCCACGCCCUCGUCGGAACGCGAGUUCGUCUUCGACAACCUGGCCGGCCUGUCGGCGUCCAGCCGCUUCGACAUCAAGGGCAAGACGACGGCAACCGCGACAGCGACCGCGUCGGCGACCGCAUCUUCGUCAUCGUCUCCACUGCCAUCGCCAGCACCGACGAGGUCACCACCAACGUCGUUGGCUGUACUGUCGCCGGCGAGCGCAGGGCCCAGCUCCCCGCCCCUCUCUGCAUCGUCGGGCGCGCGGCCGCCGCUGCUGAAGCGGGGCGACUCUGCGCAGCGGCAAAGCAAGCACGAGCGGUCUACCGACGGCGGCCACCAGCAGCAGAGCACGACAAAGACCCACCGGCCUCGGCUCAAGAGCCUGCAGAGCCUCAACGCCGGCCCCGCAUCGCCCUCGCUGUCAGAGCAUCACAGCGGCAACGCGCACCUGCUCACGAGCCCCUCUGCCUUUUCGCGCUCGGGCCAGUCGACGGGUGGCGGUGCCAUCGAGCGACUGCAGCCGCUCGCCUCGGCCGGCGCCUCUGCCUCUGCAUCCUCGGCGCAGCGAUCCGAAACGGCGGCCAAGGCGGCGGCAGCCAAGUCGUCCGGGUCCAAGCCGGCGGCAGAAGGUGGGCCACUGGCGUCCAGCGGCGCCUCCCUAUCGCCCCGGUCGGCUGCCGCUCCCUGGUCGAUGCGGAACGAGAACGAGUACACCGAGUUUGGCUCUCUCGCCUCGGGCUCGGCGACCAGGUCGAGCCUCGAGACGGACCGAGCGACGACGGCGGCGGCGGCAAGGGCGCGCACGCAGUCGGCCCACGCGCUGGCCGGUCCGGGCCUCAAGCGGAGCAACACGGUGAGCGUCGGCUUCGAGUCGCUCAGCUCCAUGGAUGCCGGCGCCUCGAGCAGCAGCACGAACCGGCAGGGCAACAGCUCGACGUUUGGGUUCGCGUCGGCGUCGGCGGCGGCAGGCCGGUCCCGCCACGGCCCGGGCCUCGGCGCGCGGCGGCAGACGGUGUCCAACAUCCACGCCAACAACGACUUUGACCACCUGCUGUCGAGCCAAGGCAGGACGAUGGCCUACUCGCGCCAGCCGCAACAGCACGGGCACCACGCGUCGACGUCGUCGGUGCUGACGUCGCCGCAGUCGCACCACCAGGUCCGGGAGCGUCCGGCGCUGCAGGGCAACCAGCUCGAGGCCAAGGUCGUCAUCCUCGGCACCCAGGGCGUGGGCAAGACGUCGCUGGUGCACCGCUACACGUCGGGUCAGUUUAGCGCGUCGUCGAUCCCGUCGACGAUCGGCGCCAGCUUCCUGACCAAGAAGCUCAUCGUCGACGGCGUCAAGGUGCGGCUGCAGCUGUGGGACACGGCGGGCCAGGAGCGCUUCCGCAGCAUGGCGCCCAUGUACUACCGCGGCAGCAACGCGGCCGUCAUCGUCUACGACAUCACGUCGAUGCAGAGCUUCCUCGACGUCAAGUCGUGGAUCGAGGAGCUGCGGCGCAACAUGGCGUCCGACCUCGUCAUCCACAUUGUCGGCGCCAAGCUCGACCUGGCCUACUCGAAGCGCGACGUGGCGCUCGACUUUGCGCGGGCGACGGUGCGCUCGUGGGUCAAGCCGGCGUCGCCGACACCGCCCGACUCGCCGGAUCUGUCGCAGUCGCUGUCGCCGUCCAAGGCCACGUCGCGCCUGGGCGGGCUGGGCAACCUGGCCAUCGGCUCGGCCUCGCGGCUCGCGUCGUUCCCGCGCGGCGGGCAGCAACAGAGCCCGUCGGGAGCGGGCGGCCACAGUCACGGCCACGGCGCCGUCGCCAAGCCCGGCAGCGCCGGCAGCUCGGCCGGAUCGGCUGGCAGCGAUCUGGGCCAGGACGCUUUCUCCGAUGGCGGGCCGUUUUCGGGCGGCGCGGACUCGUCUGGCUUCCCGACGUGGGAGCAGAUUGAGGUGUCGGAGGUGUCGGCCAAGGACGACGAAGGCAUCGAAGACGUUUUCCUGGCCGUGACCAAGAAGCUCGUGGAGCGCAAGGCCGUCAUUGAGCAGGAGAGGCUGGCCCGCGAGCGCAACAGCAUCAUCCUCUCCGAGUCCAGCUGGGACCAUGCCGGCGGCGGCCCCAACGAGCGCGGUGCGGGCGCGCCAGGCGAGGCCAACUGGAGCUGCUGCACCUGA